GGGAGUUCCUGACAGCUAGAAUCUAGAAGUAAAACUAUGAGUUCACCUUUGGCCUCCCUUGGCAAGACCCGAAGAGUGCCUCUGCAGUCGGAGCCUGUGAAUUCAGGGCUUGGCUGGAGACCUGGUACCCAGGGCCUCUCCUUUGAUGACACUCCAGGGGGUCCUAACUUGUCUGUCUUCCUUCUCCUUUUGGCCUGGAUUCCCAGGAGGCAAGGGAUAAAGAUCUACAGAGAUGAAGAUGAGGUGGACGUGCUGAAUGAUGGACAUGGCUUGGAAGAAAAGAUCUCCAUCCCUUCCUGCAAUUCUGGCAUAGGUGCUCCUGCGAGUAGGCAAGUCCCUGUAUUCCACGACUCGGAGCUGGUGGCCACCAUGACAAGGAAGAUGCGAGAUCUGGAGCGGCAGGUGAAGGCCCAGACUGAUGAGUUGCUGUCCAAGGGGGCGCCCUUGGAUCUGCAGGACCUCCUUCCACCUCCCCACGUCUCACUGCUUCAGGACCGGAAGAUUCGGGCCCUGGAGGAAUUGGUGCAGACCCUCCAGAAGCAUUGGGGUGAGGUGACCCAGCAGCGGCAGGAGGAGCUGGAGACAAUGUGCACGAAGCUGUGGCGGCAGGUGGAACAGAUGGAGCGGUUCCUUGGCGACUACGGCCUGCUGUGGGUGGGUGAGCCUGUGGACGAGGAGGACGAGGAUGGGUCAGGCCCGGAGGAUAGCACAAGGGACCGGAUGACAGCCAAGAAGUUCUGGAAGCCAGGGGACUCACUGGUGCCCCCCGAGGUGGACUUUGACAGACUGCUGGCCAGCCUGAAGGAUCUCAGCGAGCUGGUGGUAGACAGUGACACACAGGUGAUGCCAGUGCCCAGUGUCCUUGAGCCCAUCCCACUGAAGCUCUACCGGAAUGGCAUCAUGAUGUUCGAUGGGCCCUUCCGGCCCUUCCACGAUCCCUCCACGCAGUGCUGCCUCCGAGACAUACUGGACGGCUUCUUUCCCUCAGAGCUCCAGCGGCUGUACCCUGAUGGAGUCCCCUUUAAGAUAAGUGACCUGCGCAAUCAGGUCUACUUGGAGAAUGGGCUGGACCUACUCCCAGGUGAGGGCCAAGUGGUGGGCCGGCAGAUUCGCAAGCCCUUGGACAAGAUGGAGCAUGGAGGCUCCAGGAUAACUGCCAAGAAGUUUCUGAACAGGCUUCCCAAGUGUGUGAUACAAGGAGAGGUGAUUGACAUCCGGGGAUCCAUCCGGGACACCCUGCAGAGCUGCUGCCCACAGUCUGCCCGGAUCCAGGAGAUUGUGGUAGAGACACCUGCCUUGGCUGCUGAGCGUGAGAGGAACCAGGAGUCGCCCGAGUCACCAGCACCCCAGCUCUCCAUGCUGCGCAUCAAGUCUGAGAAUGGCGAGCAGGUCUUCCUGCUGAUGAUGCGGCCAGAGGACACUGUUGGGGACAUGCGCACCCUGCUUGCCCAGGCUAGGUGGGCAUGGGGUGGGGCUGGCAGCCACAGGGGGACUCUGGCCCCACAACUCAGCCUGACUUGUUUUGCUGGGUCCCCAGAGCCAUGGAUGCCACCACCUUUGAGAUCUUCAGUACAUUCCCACCCACCGUCUACCAGAAUGAUGCACUCACGCUUCAGGCUGCAGGCCUGGUGCCUAACGCAACGCUGCUGCUUCGGUCACGCAUGGUCUCACUGCCUGCCCCUGGCUCCCUCUCCAAAUAAAGUGCUGCCCCCCAAAACUGGCUGCUCCAGGAGAUCCUCUUUGGCUGACCCAGGGAGGGGGCAGUGCCAACCUGCCCGGAACUUGAGCCCCCGCAGGCCACAGGUCUUUGUCCUCUAGGUUCCUCUUUCUCCC